AUGGAUGAGGGAUGUGGGUGUGGCCGAGUUUUGUGCGCGGGAGAAGUGAAUGGUCGCGUGCGUCGAGAAGCGAGCGUCCAUAGGCACAAAGGAGGGGAAAGAAAGAUCCCUCCAGAAGUGAUGGGCGUUUCGUGGGUAAUCGAGACGGAGAGAAGCCAAAACUCGAUCGAACAACUCAUCGAAAGUGGAGGAGGGACGAAAAUCGGUCUAUUUGUCGUCGAUAGCUCAACGUAUCGGCCCGUCGAUCAAUUGGCGAACAACAUCGGUCAACUCAACGUGCUUCAUCACUCAAAUUUUCCGGAAAGCACUUUUUCGCUGGCCGUCACCGCUACGAAUGAUCCGAAACAACCGCCACCAAAGUCGAUCAGUGACCGAGGAUUUGAUUUGAUUCUCUCGAAACUUUCUGGAGCUCUUCAAAUGGAUUCAAGCGGAAAAUUUGACGCCAGCGGUACCGAGUACUCGUUCAAGGAUUUUCGAGUGAGAGUGGGAACAGUGACACAAGGAGGAUCGGUGAAAGGUGUCGUUGUAGAAAUCGAGUAUACGCCUACUUGGGUGGCCAAUCAAGCAAGCAUGAUGCUCAGCGAGUUUAUCAACAUGUUUUUCCCCGAACAAACCGCCUCGAAACCGGAAAUAAUCACAAAACCGACCUCAGACUUGUACACAGCGCUCGACACUUUAAACCAGUAUCAGCAGAUUUUUAAUCGACUAAGGAAAAAAGCC